AUGGGAGACAAAUCGAGCGUCCCAGCUCGGACGCCGGCGAAGACGCCCUCGAUGCUCAAAAAGAGUAGCAGUGGUAGCAAUAGCGGCUCCCUUCCCUCGUCGGCCGGAAAGCAGCAGAGCAUCUUGGGGUUCUUCUCCAAGACGGCCACGCAGGCGAGUGCCAAAGGAGCUACCCCGUCCUCCAGAUCCGCCUCGUCUGCUGCUGCCUCGAGGGGAGCCAAGACCUUGUCGUCUCCGUGUCUGCAGGAGACAACCUCGAAAUCCAACGCCCUGUCCUUCGCAAAGCGACCCUCCACGAUCACACCCGUCCCUAGUAGCGAUGCGGCAGAGCCCCUCAGCUCUCAGGAGAACAAAGACGUCAUCCAGGUCGACAUCAAGGUGCCCAGCGAUUCUCUUCCAUCUCCUAGCUCCUCGCCCGUGGCACCUCUACAGGCCAGGAAGGCGAUCAACUACGCCGAAUCCUCCGAAGACGAAGACGUGAUCAUGCCGCGUAAGGCGCGUCAGGCACGCACAAAGGCCCGUGCACGUGCCCCAGUGCUUGAUGAGGACGAUGAGGACGAGUAUGAUGGUGGGAAUGACGAGAUUAUCGAGGACGAUGAUGCAACAGACGAUAUGGCCGAUUUUGUCGUAUCCGACGACUCCGAUGCUCCUGCCCGAGCCAAGAAGCGGAAGCGGCCCUCUACCGCUGCCACGUCCGCCCCUAGAAAGCGACAUACCGCAUCAAGCCCGCCCGUCUCUACCCAUAAAGUAGACCCAGACGAGGACGAAGACAUGUCGGACGGUCUCCCGGCCACUUCCACAGCUCAACAGUGGCGCUUUGACCCGGACAACAUCGAGCCGCGGGCUGAACGUCCCAGAGCUCUGACCUCGAAAGCCAAGACAACCUCUGCGAAGACGAAGGAGAGGGCCUGCGACAAGGAGCCAGAACAUCGGCAUCGCUGGCUGGCACAGCCCGUCGACGCCAAUCAAAACCCUCCUGGUCAUCCAGACUACGAUCCCUCCACCAUCUGGGUACCCCCGCACCAGAAAUUUUCGGCCUUUGAACAGCAAUAUUGGGACAUCAAGAAAAACCUCUGGGACACAGUGGUCUUUUUCAAGAAGGGCAAAUUCUACGAGUUGUAUGAGAACGACGCUACAAUUGGCCACCAGCUCUUCGACCUGAAGCUGACGGACCGUGUCAACAUGCGCAUGGUCGGCGUGCCUGAGAGCUCCCUGGACAUGUGGGUCAACCAGUUCGUCGCCAAGGGGUACAAGGUUGCUCGUGUCGACCAGAUGGAAUCGGCACUCGGCAAGGAGAUGCGCGAGCGCGACGUAAAAGGCCCGAAGGUGAACGCCAAGGACAAAAUCAUCCGCCGGGAGCUGGCCUGCAUCCUCACAGGAGGCACCCUCGUGGACGGAAGCAUGCUGCAGGAUGACAUGGCUGUCUACUGUGCCGCCGUCAAGGAGUCCAUCCUUGAGGGCAAGCCUUCAUUCGGUAUCGCCUUCGUCGAUGCUGCCACUGGCCAAUUUUUCCUGUCCGAAUUCGAAGAUGAUGUCGAUCUCACAAAGUUCGAAACGUUCGUGGCCCAGAUCUCACCCCGAGAGUUGCUGCUGGAGAAGUCGCACAUCUCUCCCAAAGCCCUGCGCAUCCUCAAAAACAACACUGCUCCUACCACGAUCUGGAACAAUCUCAAGUCCAACAGUGAGUUCUGGGGGUCUGACCAGACCCGCCGAGAGCUUGACUGUAACGACUACUUUGCAUCAGAGGACGGCCAGGAGCAGGUAUGGCCCAAGGUUCUCCAGGAGGCAAGAGACAAGAACUUGUUGAUGUCAGCCCUUGGUGCUCUGACGCACUAUUUGCGAGUCCUGAAGUUGGAGAAGAGUCUGCUGUCACAACAGAACUUCAGUUGGUAUAGCCCCAUCCACAAAAAUGGCACUCUCAUCCUGGACGGGCAGACACUCAUCAAUCUGGAAAUCUUCUCCAACAAUGUCAACGGCAGUGCUGAGGGCACCCUAUUCCCGCUCCUCAACAGAUGCGUCACGCCAUUUGGCAAGAGGCUCUUCCGGCAGUGGGUCUGCCACCCUCUGUGCAACAUUACAAAGAUCAACCAGCGUUUGGAUGCUGUGGAUCUUCUGAACACAGACCGCAAGCUCCGUGAGCAGUUCGCGUCCGAGUUGACGAAAAUGCCUGAUCUUGAACGCCUCAUUUCUCGUAUUCACGCUGGUGCGUGUAAACCUGACGAGUUUGUCAAGGUUCUGGAUGGAUUCGAGCAAAUUGAAUAUACCAUGACGCUCAUGAAAUCCUUCGGAGAAGGCAAUACCUUGGUGGACAAACUCGUCUCCUCCAUGCCUAAUCUCUCUGAGCCGCUCGCCUUCUGGAACAGUGCUUUCGACAGGAGGAUGGCCCGCGAACAGAAGCUACUGAUCCCCGAACGGGGCAUCGAGGAGGCCUUUGACAACAGCGUCGACGAGAUCAAGCGUAUCAAGAAGGACCUCGAUGCCCUCCUCUCCGAGCAGAUGAACAAGCUGAAAUGCACGAAGCUCAAGUUCACAGAUGUGGGCAAGGAGGUCUACCAGGUUGAAGUCCCAAAGGCGGUCGAAGUACCCAAGACCUGGCGGCAGAUGUCUGCCACCGCACAGGUCAAGCGUUACUACUUUAGGCAACUCGAGGAGCUCGUGCGGGAACUGCAGGAGGCAGAGGAGACACACUCGCAAGUCGUCAAGGAUGUUGCGUCUAGCUUCUUCAGCCGCUUCGACGCGGACAAUGAGACGUGGCUACAGGCCAUCAAGGUCGUGUCCCAACUGGACUGCCUCGUCAGCUUGGCCAGGGCCUCUACAGCCCUGGGGCAGCCGAGCUGUCGUCCUGUCUUUGUGGACGAGGAGCGGACCGUUGUGGAGUUCGAGGAGCUGCGUCACCCAUGCAUGCUGAACAGUGUUGACGACUUCAUUCCCAAUGAUAUCAAGCUGGGUGGUAACGAGGCCAAGAUUAACUUGUUGACGGGCGCCAACGCCGCUGGCAAAUCGACCGUAUUGCGCAUGUCGUGUAUCGCGGUUAUCAUGGCCCAGAUCGGGUGCUACGUUCCUGCGGUCUCAGCCCGCCUGACUCCAGUGGAUCGCAUCAUGUCUCGCCUCGGUGCCAACGACAACAUCUUUGCAGCGCAGUCGACGUUCUUCGUCGAGCUGUCCGAGACGAAGAAGAUCCUGUCUGAGGCAACACCUCGGUCGCUGGUCAUCCUGGAUGAGCUCGGCCGCGGUACGUCCUCGUAUGACGGCGUGGCCGUCGCCCAGGCUGUGCUCCACCACAUCGCCUCCCACAUCGGCUGCGUGGGCUUCUUCGCGACGCACUACCACAGUCUGGCGACGGAGUUCGAGAACCACCCCGAAAUUGCGCCACGGCGCAUGCAAAUUCAUGUCGACGAUACCAACCGGCGGGUAACGUUCCUAUACAAGCUCGAGGAGGGCGUGGCCGAAGGGUCGUUUGGUAUGCACUGCGCUGCCAUGUGUGGCAUCUCAGGGAAGGUCAUCGAGAGUGCAGAGGCCGCGGCCAAGGCGUGGGAGCACACAUCGCGGCUGAAGGAGAGUCUCGAGCGGGCCAAGACGGGCUGCUAUAUCCCGCUCGGUGUGCUGAGCGAUGUCUCGUCGCUGCUAGCGGGCAGGCAGGACGAGGACGGGAGGAGUGAGGUCGACGAAAGGGGUGUGGAAGUGCUGUUGAGAGCUAUUGAAGCCCUGUGA